CCCCGGCGCCGACGCCAGGCGCUGGCCGUGGUGCUGAUUCUGUCAGGCGCUGGCGGCGGCAGCGGCGGUGACGGCUGCGGCCCCGCUCCCUCUACCCGACCGGACCCGGCUCUGCCCCCGCGCCCAAGCCCCACCAAGCCCCCCGCCCUCCCGCCGCGGUCCCAGCCCAGGGCGCGGCCGCAACCAGCACCAUGCGCCCGGUAGCCCUGCUGCUCCUGCCCUCGCUGCUGGCGCUCCUGGCUCACGGACUCUCUUUAGAGGCCCCAACCGUGGGGAAAGGACAAGCCCCAGGCAUCGAGGAGACAGAUGGCGAGCUGACAGCAGCCCCCACACCUGAGCAGCCAGAACGAGGCAUCCACUUUGUCACAACAGCCCCCACCUUGAAGCUGCUCAACCACCACCCGCUGCUUGAGGAAUUCCUACAAGAGGGGCUGGAAAAGGGAGAUGAGGAGCUGAGGCCAGCACUGCCCUUCCAGCCUGACCCACCUACACUCUUCACCCCGAGUCCCCUUCCCCGCCUGGCCAACCAGGACAGCCGCCCUGUCUUUACCAGCCCCACUCCAGCCAUGGCUGCGGUACCCACUCAGCCCCAGUCCAAGGAGGGACCCUGGAGUCCGGAGUCAGAGUCCCCUAUGCUUCGAAUCACAGCUCCCCUACCUCUAGGGCCCAGCAUGGCAGUGCCCACCCUAGGCCCAGGGGAGAUAGCCAGCACUACACCCCCCAGCAGAGCCUGGACACCAACCCAAGAGGGUCCUGGAGACAUGGGAAGGCCGUGGGUUGCAGAGGCUGUGUCCCAGGGCGCAGGGAUCGGGAUCCAGGGGACCAUCACCUCCUCCACAGCUUCAGGAGAUGAUGAGGAGACCACCACUACCACCACCAUCAUCACCACCACCAUCACCACAGUCCAGACACCAGGCCCUUGUAGCUGGAAUUUCUCAGGCCCAGAGGGCUCUCUGGACUCCCCUACAGACCUCAGCUCCCCCACUGAUGUUGGCCUGGACUGCUUCUUCUACAUCUCUGUCUACCCUGGCUAUGGCGUGGAAAUCAAGGUCCAGAAUAUCAGCCUCCGGGAAGGGGAGACAGUGACUGUGGAAGGCCUGGGGGGGCCUGACCCACUGCCCCUGGCCAACCAGUCUUUCCUGCUGCGGGGCCAAGUCAUCCGCAGCCCCACCCACCAAGCGGCCCUGAGGUUCCAGAGCCUCCCGCCACCGGCUGGCCCUGGCACCUUCCAUUUCCAUUACCAAGCCUAUCUCCUGAGCUGCCACUUUCCCCAUCGUCCAGCUUAUGGAGAUGUGACUGUCACCAGCCUCCACCCAGGGGGUAGUGCCCGCUUCCAUUGUGCCACUGGCUACCAGCUGAAGGGCGCCAGGCAUCUCACCUGUCUCAAUGCCACCCAGCCCUUCUGGGAUUCAAAGGAGCCCGUCUGCAUCGCUGCUUGCGGCGGAGUGAUCCGCAAUGCCACCACCGGCCGCAUCGUCUCUCCAGGCUUCCCGGGCAACUACAGCAACAACCUCACCUGUCACUGGCUGCUUGAGGCUCCUGAGGGCCAGCGGCUACACCUGCACUUUGAGAAGGUUUCCCUGGCAGAGGAUGAUGACAGGCUCAUCAUUCGCAAUGGGGACAACGUGGAGGCCCCACCGGUGUAUGAUUCCUAUGAGGUGGAAUACCUGCCCAUUGAGGGCCUGCUCAGCUCUGGCAAACACUUCUUUGUUGAGCUCAGUACUGACAGCAGCGGGGCAGCUGCAGGCAUGGCCCUGCGCUAUGAGGCCUUCCAGCAGGGCCAUUGCUAUGAGCCCUUUGUCAAAUACGGUAACUUCAGCAGCAGCGCACCCACCUACCCUGUGGGUACCACUGUGGAGUUCAGCUGCGACCCUGGCUACACCCUGGAGCAGGGCUCCAUCAUCAUCGAGUGUGUUGACCCCCACGACCCCCAGUGGAAUGAGACAGAGCCAGCCUGCCGAGCCGUGUGCAGCGGGGAGAUCACAGACUCGGCUGGCGUGGUACUCUCUCCCAACUGGCCAGAGCCCUACGGUCGUGGGCAGGAUUGUAUCUGGGGUGUGCAUGUGGAAGAGGACAAGCGCAUCAUGCUGGACGUCCGAGUGCUGCGCAUAGGCCCUGGUGAUGUGCUUACCUUCUAUGAUGGGGAUGACCUGACGGCCCGGGUUCUGGGCCAGUACUCAGGGCCCCGUAGCCACUUCAAGCUCUUUACCUCCAUGGCUGAUGUCACCAUUCAGUUCCAGUCGGACCCCGGGACCUCAGUGCUGGGCUACGAGCAGGGCUUCGUCAUCCACUUCUUUGAGGUGCCCCGCAAUGACACAUGUCCGGAGCUGCCUGAGAUCCCCAAUGGCUGGAAGAGCCCAUCGCAGCCUGAGCUAGUGCACGGCACCGUGGUCACUUACCAGUGCUACCCUGGCUACCAGGUGGUGGGAUCCAGUGUCCUCAUGUGCCAGUGGGACCUAACUUGGAGUGAGGACCUGCCCUCAUGCCAGAGGGUGACUUCCUGCCACGAUCCUGGAGAUGUGGAGCACAGCCGACGCCUCAUAUCCAGCCCCAAGUUUCCCGUGGGGGCCACCGUGCAAUAUAUCUGUGACCAGGGUUUUGUGCUGACGGGCAGCUCCAUCCUCACCUGCCAUGAUCGCCAGGCUGGCAGCCCCAAGUGGAGUGACCGGGCCCCUAAAUGUCUCCUGGAACAGCUCAAGCCAUGCCAUGGUCUCAGUGCCCCUGAGAAUGGUGCCCGAAGUCCUGAGAAGCGGCUACACCCAGCAGGGGCCACCAUCCACUUCUCGUGUGCCCCUGGCUAUGUGCUGAAGGGCCAGGCCAGCAUCAAGUGUGUGCCUGGGCACCCCUCACAUUGGAGUGACCCCCCACCCAUCUGUAGGGCUGCCUCUCUGGAUGGGUUCUACAACAGUCGCAGCCUGGAUGUUGCCAAGGCACCUGCUGCCUCCAGCACCCUGGAUGCUGCCCACAUUGCAGCUGCCAUCUUCUUGCCACUGGUGGCGAUGGUGUUGUUGGUAGGAGGUGUAUACUUCUACUUCUCCAGGCUCCAGGGAAAAAGCUCCCUGCAGCUGCCCCGCCCACGCCCCCGCCCCUACAACCGCAUUACCAUAGAGUCAGCAUUUGACAAUCCAACUUACGAGACUGGAUCUCUUUCCUUUGCAGGAGACGAGAGAAUAUGAAGUCUCCAUCUAGGUGGGGGCAGCCUAGGGAAGUCAACUCAGACUUGCACCACAGUCCAGCAGCAAGGCUCCUUGCUUCCUGCUGUCCCUCCACCUCCUGUACAUACCACCUAGGAGGAGACGCCACCAAUCCCUCAAGAAGCUGUGCCCUUACCCGCCUGCGAUGCCCACCAUGGCCUAUUUUCUUGGUGUCAUUGCCCACUUGGGGCCCUUCAUUGGGCCCAUGUCAGGGGGCAUCUACCUGUGGGCAGAACAUAGCUGGAGCACAAGCAUCAACAGCCAGCAUCCUGAGCCUCCUCAUGCCCUGGACCAGCCUGGAACACACUAGCAGAGCAGGAGUACCUUUCUCCACAUGACCACCAUCCCGCCCUGGCAUGGCAACCUGCAGCAGGAUCAACUUGACCAUGGUGCGAACUGCACCAGGGUACUCCUCACAGCGCCAUCACCAAUGGCCAAAACUCCUCUCAACGGUGACCUCUGGGUAGUCCUGGCAUGCCAACAUCAGCCUCUUGGGAGGUCUCUAGUUCUCUAAAGUUCUGGACAGUUCUGCCUCCUGCCCUGUCCCAGUGGAGGCAGUAAUUCUAGGAGAUCCUAAGGGGUUCAGGGGGACCCUACCCCCACCUCAGGUUGGGCUUCCCUGGGCACUCAUGCUCCACACCAAAGCAGGACAUGCCAUUUUCCACUGACCACCCUGUACCCUGAGGAAAGGGAGACUUUCCUCCGAUGUUUAUUUAGCUGUUGCAAACAUCUUCACCCUAAUAGUCCCUCCUCCAAUUCCAGCCACUUGUCAGGCUCUCCUCUUGACCACUGUGUUAUGGGAUAAGGGGAGGGGGUGGGCAUAUUCUGGAGAGGAGCAGAGGUCCAAGGACCCAGGAAUUUGGCAUGGAACAGGUGGUAGGAGAGCCCCAGGGAGACGCCCAGGAGCUGGCUGAAAGCCACUUUGUACAUGUAAUGUAUUAUAUGGGGUCUGGGCUCCAGCCAGAGAACAAUCUUUUAUUUCUGUUGUUUCCUUAUUAAAAUGGUGUUUUUGGAAAAAAAAAAAAAAAAAAAA